AUGGACAGCGUGCAGCUGCAGGACUUCGCGGCGGGCUGGGUGGGCGGAGCUGCCAGCGUUGUUGUUGGUCACCCCCUGGACACCAUCAAGACUCGUUUGCAAGCUGGGCAAGGCUAUGGAAAUACACUCAAUUGUGUUCUCACUGUGUACAGAAAUGAGUCUGUGGUUGGCUUCUUCAAAGGCAUGUCCUUCCCCCUGGCCAGCAUGGCUGUCUACAGCUCCGUGGUGUUCGGUGUCUUCAGCAACACGCAGCGGCUCCUCAGCCAGCUCCGGCACGGAGACCCAGAUAGCACACCAGUGCUCGCCGACGUGGCUCUGGCCAGCAUGGUGGCUGGGUUCAUCUCUGUGGGCAUUGGCACUCCUGUGGACCUGGUAAAGAUAAGGCUCCAGAUGCAAACGCAGCCAUACAUCCAAGCAAACAUUAAACUAAAGUCCACAGUUCCUGGAUUUCCUGUGUACCGAGGUCCAAUUCACUGCAUCAGGACAGUCCUACAGAAAGAGGGGAUAGCAGGAAUAUAUCGAGGCGCAGGAGCAAUGCUUUUGAGGGAUGUUCCUGGGUACUGCCUCUAUUUCAUCCCUUACACAAUCUUCUGUGGCUGGAUUACCCCUGAUGGAUGCAUUUCCCCUAAUCCCUCCUCCAUCUGGCUGGCAGGGGGAGUAGCAGGAGCCAUUUCCUGGGGGACUGCUACUCCAAUGGACGUUGUGAAAAGUCGGCUUCAGGCUGAUGGAGUUUAUUUGAGCAAGUACAAAGGGACCCUUGACUGUAUCUUGCAGAGCUACCAGAACGAAGGCUUAAAAUGUUGCCGGGAAGACCUGGAAGCCUCCUACUGCCCUGAGCCAAACCAGCAGUGUGGUGUUGGAGAGGGAUCAGCUGCUCUGACUGAAGACUCUCAUCCUGCACCUACAGCAUCUGCUUUCUCUUCUGCCAUGGACUUAGUCCCUGGAGGAUACUGAAAACUGCACCAGCUCCAUCAAACCCAAAGAGUGUUUUCUUAUCAAAUCUUUCUCUCUGUUGUCUCGGAGCACCUUAAUAAUCCCCAUGGUGGUGUUGGGCUUUAUCACCAAUGACAUUUUCCUAUUGAGCCAAUUACAACAACUUGCUUCCCUUACCCACGAGUGAGAUAUACCCAAACCAACCCACCAACAUCAACCAAGGAGCAUCUUUUGUAUGACAUUGUAUAUAAUGCUCCUCUUUGUGAGCAAGGAAAGGAGGAGGUGAGGUGGGUGUGCAGGGCCCUUUGGUCCAGGAAGGGCUGGAUACACACCAAAUCCUGGCUUGCUUUCAGGAUCAAAGGAAUGGAUGACUCUACCCAUAUGAAUGGAUACUUGUUGUUUCCAUCACAGAACUCUCCACUUUGGCACAAUUUAACACAUUAUCAUGGAAAAAAUGUGAAGGGCUUCAACAACCUGUUUGUUUUCUAAGGUAUAAAUUGAAUUGGGAAAAGGGAGGAUGUUCAGUUAGAGGCUCAGCUGCUCUUUUUCUUCAGAAAACAAUAAACCAAGUCAUACAGAUGGCUGGCUAUUACUUUACCUAAUUCACCUUGUGUAGCCCUCCAGGGACCUGCUAGAGGUUACUUGUUAGACCUGAUCUCCCUAACACAAGAGUCCAACUUGCCAACCUCCAAACCCUGCAGACAUCCCUUUGCAGCACCAAAGGAGGUCUCUGAGGGAUGCAGAGCUUAUCCCAAACUGUU